AUGGCGCCUGGCAAUGGACGCGACUUCAACUGCUCGUGGGAGCAUUGUGGCAAGUCUUUCAAUCGCAAAUCGGACCUCUGCAGACAUUACCGAAUACAUACCAAUGAACGGCCUUACCAUUGCACGGUCAAGGAUUGCAACAAGAGCUUCAUCCAACGAAGCGCACUGACCGUCCACUCGCGAACGCAUACUGGGGAAAAGCCUCAUGUCUGUGACCAUGAAGGGUGCCAUAAGGCAUUCUCUGAUUCUUCCAGUCUCGCACGCCAUCGUCGAAUCCACACGGGCAAGCGUCCCUAUAUCUGCCAAGAGCCCACCUGCGAACGAAGCUUUUGUCGCAAAACGACCUUGACCAAACACCAGCACCGCUCGCAUCCCCCCGGGACAGUGACCCGACCGCCGUCUGAGGAUGCGAUCUCCGAGCAUUCAUAUCAAACGCCCAUCAGCACGUCCGUUCCGAACGAUCAGUAUCUUCUUGCCCAGCAGCCCUACUAUCCUCAUUCGUCCACACCCACCCACGACUUCUACCAACAUCAGAAUGUACCCAUGACGCCGGUUGCCGUACAAGAACCCCCGCCGAUUGUCGCCCAUAGCGUGCCCGUCACGUCCCCGGUGGACGUGCAGCACGUUCAGCAGCAGUACAUGCAGCAGCUCAUGCAGCAACGAUACGGACACGGCCGUCCCGGCUACGUGCCGCCGGAGUUCCAACCACCCUUUGCAAGUGUACCGGCGGUGGAGAGUCAUCCGCUGAUGGUCACCUACCCUCAGAAUUUCCAGUUUAAGCAGGAACAAACGCGGCUACUGAACCAACCCGAAGGAACCGACUGGGGGUUUCUAGGGGUUGGAUGA